AGCAGUUCAGAAAAUUUGGAAAAUAAUGGAAACUCUGUCAUAAAACAUGAUGAUCGGCAAAAAAAUAUUCUAGUCAUUACUACGUCUCAGAAAAAUAAUAAUGAUGACAUUGAGUUCACUAAAAGUCAGGUUGUAGAGCAAGAAUUAACAAAGGAAUUGCUCAGCGGUAUCAUUUCUGCUCUAUCAAUCUCUUUUGAGGCUACGGAACAGAUAUCUUCG